UCUGCCGCGCGCGAUCGCGGGUGCGGGCGGAGUGAGAAAGGCGCGGUGCGGCGUGCAGGCGGCCAGGCGGCUGCAUGGCGCGCUGCGAGCGGCUGCGCGGCGUGGCCCUGCGCGACGUGCUGGGCCAGGCCCAGGGGGUUCUGUUCGACUGUGACGGGGUGCUGUGGAACGGUGAGCGUGUGGUGCCGGGCGCCCCGGAGCUGGUGGAGCGGCUGACGCGGGCCGGCAAGGCCGCGCUGUUCGUGAGCAACAACAGUCGGCGCGCGCGGCCCGACCUGGCUCUCCGCUUCGCGCGCCUCGGCUUCGGGGGGCUGCGCGCUGAGCAGCUCUUCAGCUCCGCACUCUGCGCCGCGCGCUUGCUACGCCAUCGCCUGUUGGGGCCGCGGGACGCGCCCGGCGCCGUAUUUGUGCUGGGAGGCGAGGGGCUGCGCGCCGAACUGCGCGCCGCGGGGCUGCGCCUGGCGGGAGACCCUGGAGAGGACCCGGGCGCGGUCCCGCGCGUGCGCGCCGUGCUCGUGGGCUACGACGAGCACUUCUCCUUCUCCAAGCUGAGCGAGGCGUGCGCGCACCUGCGCGACCCCAACUGCCUGCUCGUGGCCACCGACCGCGACCCGUGGCACCCGCUCAGCGACGGCAGCCGGACACCCGGCACCGGGAGCCUGGCCGCUGCAGUGGAGACAGCGUCAGGGCGCCAGGCCCUGGUGGUGGGCAAGCCCAGCCCUUACAUGUUCGAGUGCAUCGCAGAGGACUUCAAUGUGGACCCCACCCGCAUACUCAUGGUGGGUGACCGCCUGGAGACCGACAUCCUCUUCGGCCACCGCUGUGGCAUGACCACCGUGCUCACGCUCACAGGUGUCUCCAGCCUGGAGGAGGCCCAGGCCUACCUGGCAGCUGGCCAGCAUGACCUCGUGCCCCACUACUACGUGGAGAGCAUUGCAGACUUGAUAGAGGGGUUAGAGGACUGAGCCCACCUGACCUGAAGCCCCACCCCUCCCCCCACCCUGAUCCUGUAGAUGGAGGCAAUGGGCCAAGAGCCAAAUUAAGCUCCUUGGCCCUAGUUUCUGCACCCUGAUGGGGCUGGGACCCAGGGAAGGAUUUAGGGCCCUCGCACCCCCACCCCCAGCAGUGGCUGGGCACCCUUUGUUGUCCCAGAAUCUGACCCCCUCCUCCCACCUGUUCACCCUGGCCUGACCCAGCCACGUAGCCUUAUUUCCUGCCCUGUGACCUCUCUUUGAAAUCUGGGCCCUGAUGCCCACUGAAGGUUUUCCCCAAUCCUUAAUUCCCUAACCCCUCCCUGAGGCCACCAGCUGCUGGAGUCCUGGCUUUGGGUUCCUGUUGACCAAUCUGAGGUCUGGGUAACCACCAAUCAGUAUUAUCCUGAACCCUGAAUGCACCAAUCAGAAGGCUAAGUGAUAGUGACUCAUUGAUGCUGAGUAGACAGUUGGGAACCUAAGUGGCCCUGCCCUAGCUCCUGGGAAGACCAAUCUGAACACCAGGUAAUAACGACUCAUUCGUCUUUCAGAUACUGAAUAGAACAGUCGAGAAGUCUGAGAGACAGUAGCUUCUUGACAAUCUGGGUCUGACAAGACCUGCCAGGGGCCCAGAUUUCUAUCUAUAAAUAAGGGUCCAAGUGCUGAAAACACCUCCUCCACAAAGAUUACAAUCCAGGGGGCCACCCGAUGGCUUUGGGGGCUUGUACAGCCUGGAGCCCUGCUCUUGCCUGAUCAUGGCACUGGUCCAGUAUUAAUGGUGGUCGCAGCUCAGAUGGGGCUUUUGGGUCCCUCCCUGUGCUGCCAGUGUUGGCUCUGCCACCUCUCUUCUGUGCCCACCCACUAUUUAUUUAUUAUUGUGUGCCCGUGAUGGUGGGGCUGGGGGCUGGGCCUUGCCCACCACUGCCACCUCCAUCUCUGUUGUAACCAGUCCUCUCAUAAUAAAGUGUGAGGGGGAGUGUC